AUGUUCGCCGUAAACGGAAGCACUUUUCUGAAUAAUUCGCUUUCUGGGGUACCCAGAGUCUUUCCUCGGUCUACACAAAGAGUGGCAGCUCCACUAGUGGUGGUGGCUGCCGUGAGCUCAAAUGGGCGUCCCGGAGAUCGAAACGUCAGCGUAUUGGUGGAGAAUACUUCGAAAGAAAUGGUGGAAAGUGCUACAUCAUCAUCAUCACCGUCAGCGAUAGACAAAGAAGCCAAAUCAACCGUUGGAGGUGGAGUUGAAGACGUGUAUGGUGAGGAUAGUGCCACAGAGGAUAUGCACAUCACGCCCUGGACUGUAACUGUUGCCAGUGGAUAUCAAUUGCUACGAGAUCCACACUACAAUAAAGGGCUUGCCUUUACUGAGAAAGAGAGGGAUGCCCACUUUCUGCGUGGUCUUCUUCCCCCCGGCGUUGUUAGCCAAGAGAUUCAGGUUAAGAAAAUGAUGCACAAUAUGCGUCAGUACCAAGUACCAUUGCAAAGGUACAUGGCUAUGAUGGAUCUUCAGGAGAGAAAUGAAAGGCUGUUCUACAAGCUUCUCAUUGACAAUGUUGAGGAGUUGCUUCCAGUUGUCUACACUCCAACUGUUGGUGAGGCCUGCCAAAAAUACGGGAGUAUCUUUAGGCAGCCUCAGGGUCUAUUUAUAAGUUUGAAAGAAAAGGGCCGAAUUCUUGAGGUAUUGAAAAAUUGGCCCGAAAAGAAGAUUCAAGUUAUUGUCGUGACUGAUGGUGAGCGAAUUUUGGGGCUUGGGGACCUUGGCUGCCAGGGAAUGGGGAUACCUGUAGGGAAGCUUUCCUUGUAUUCAGCUCUUGGCGGUAUUCGUCCUUCUGCUUGCUUGCCUGUGACCAUUGACGUGGGGACGAACAACGAGAAGUUGUUGGAGGACGAAUUUUAUAUUGGGCUCAGGCGAAGGAGAGCAACUGGGCAAGAAUACUCCGAACUUCUCCACGAGUUUAUGUCUGCAGUCAAGCAAAAUUAUGGGGAAAAAGUCCUCAUUCAGUUUGAAGACUUUGCAAAUCAUAAUGCUUUUGAUCUUCUUGCAAAAUAUGGGACUUCCCAUCUUGUUUUCAAUGAUGAUAUAGAGGGGACAGCAUCUGUGGUCCUUGCUGGGCUUAUUGCUGCAUUAAAAUUAGUCGGGGGAGCCUUGGCUGAUCAUCGAUUCUUAUUCCUUGGAGCCGGAGAGGCUGGAACUGGCAUCGCAGAACUCAUAGCACUAGAAAUAUCCAAACAGACAGGAGCUCCAUUGGAAGAGACUCGCAAGAAGAUUUGGCUGGUGGACUCCAAGGGGCUAAUUGUUAGGUCCCGCAUAGAGUCGCUUCAACAUUUUAAGAGGCCAUGGGCCCACGAACAUGAACCUAUCAACAAUCUGGCAGACGCUGUUAAGUCCAUCAAGCCGACAGUAUUAAUAGGAUCAUCGGGAGCUGGAAGAACUUUUACCAAAGAAAUAGUUGAGUCUAUGUCGUCAUUCAAUGAGAAACCCAUUAUUCUUGCACUUUCCAACCCAACUUCACAGUCGGAAUGCACAGCCGAAGAAGCUUAUAAGUGGAGUGAGGGCCGGUGCAUUUUUGCCAGCGGGAGCCCAUUUGCCCCAGUUGAAUACAAUGGAAAGGUCUACCCGUCUGGACAGGCAAAUAAUGCAUACAUCUUUCCUGGAUUUGGUCUCGGUUUGAUAAUUUCUGGUGCAAUCCGUGUCCACGAUGAAAUGCUCCUGGUAGCCUCGGAAGCAUUAGCUGAACAGGUUAGCCAUGAGAACUUAGAGAAGGGACUAAUAUACCCCCCUUUCUCGAACAUCAGAAAGAUUUCAGCCCAGAUUGCUGCUAGAGUAGCCGAGAAAGCUUUUCAACUUGGGUUGGCGACUCGUCUACCUCAACCUGAAAACCUAGUAAGAUAUGCAGAGAGCUGCAUGUACAGCCCCAAUUAUCGUACCUAUCGUUGA